CAAAAAUUUAAUUGAAUUGAAUACAAAUUGCAAAGGAAAAGCAUUAGAAAAAAUAGUGAAUAGGUACAAGAGUUUCAAAUACCUACCUAAUUUAUUCAAAACUAAUUUCACUAAUGGCAGACCUCGAAGAAUUAAGAAAGCAAUGUCUGGCCAGUCUUUAUUUAUGUACUGAUAAUGCUUUAAAGUAUUUGGACGAGGAAAGGGACUCUGAAUUGGAAUUAUUAAAGAAUUGUGUGCGUGAGUAUUGUGCUAUGGAAGCGAAGCAAGGAUUCGAAGCGGAAGCACUAGUGAGGGCCAAAAGAGAUAUUGAUGCAUCGAAUUUAGACUCUCUGGAUGAAAAGUUCAAUGCCCACUUCAACAGCUUGUUAGCACAGAGACCCCCAAACAUAGACAAUCAUCCUGCAGUGAGGGAGUUUGAUAAAAGAGUCAGAAAUGGAUUGAAGAAGCCUGCACAAAACUUGGAUGAGUCAGAUAUAGCUAUAACUGAAACUCAGGAGACAUAUGUGGACGCAAUAACGAAGAUGCUCAUAAAGGACCCCGUACGGAACACGAUGUGUGGUCACGUGUACGAGAGGUCCGCCAUACUCGCGCACAUCAAGAGCAGGACCAGAGUCAGGUGUCCAGUGAUGGGCUGCGUUAACAGAGAACCGAUGCAGAUAUCUCAUCUCGUGGAGGACGAGGAGAUACGACUGCGAAUUGCUCAACAGUCUGCUGCCACCAACAAUCAGUCCAUUAUGGACUUGAGUGAGAUAGACUCGCAAUAGACAAGAACAUAUUGUAACCCAGCUGGCCUAUUCACUAAUUUGGUCUUUAUUAACAAACUAUUAAAAUUAACAUCAAAUCAAGUGAGAAAUGUCAUCUACCUACUGUAUGAUAUCCACAAAGUGUUGUCAGCGCGCGGCGGGGGGCGUGUAGCGAUGAAUGAACUGAUGUCUGAGUGACGUCACUUCCCCGCACGCACGAUAUCACACCCGCGCAAGCUUUCCGCCCGUCGCCCGCAUAUCAUGCGAGUGUUAUCAACGAACUUGCUAGACUAUAGACCAUUGCAUCACGUCAAACGAUUUUCAAUUAAUAAAAAACAAUAGUUAAUUACAGGGUAAUAUUAUUUUUAAUAAUAAUAAAUAAAAUAAAUACUUUUA